UGUCACUAGUUACCACAGCGACAAAGUCAUAAAUCCCGCCUACUUCUACAAUUGAUCUAAUUAAAAAGUAAUUUUAAUCGUGAAUUUAACCACACUGGUAACCUAAUGCCUAACCUUAAAUUAAGAUCAAAAAGCUUCUUUUUUUUCUCAUUAAUUGUUACGAUAUAGUACAUUUUGACUUCGGAAACCGUACAGCAGCGUAUAGUUGCGUAUCCAGGACGACAAACAAUUACGAAACGAACCGAUAUGCUUGUUUGUAUCCAGCAAUCAACACCUGUCGCCGAUAUCCUUGAACCGGACUGUUUCAGAACUUUCAAAGAAGACCAUCGGUAAUUUUCGGGAGGGAGAUAUUUGUUUAGGAAUGUAUCCGUGGGCAACGACAGUGAUUGAUCAAUAACCAUUCAACAUUAGCGCAGAAGUUCAAAGAAGCUAGUUAGCGCGCUGCUGCAAGCAGAACUGGCUGCCAAACAACAACACAUGAAUCGUGAUUUUGUAUUUAACUAACUGUUUACAUUCAACAACUCCUUCAAACGAAAGGUGUUACAUUUUUUUAGUGUACUCAUAUGGAGAUUGCAGCUGCAAAGGAAGUUGAUACAUUGUUGCCUUGAUCAAGAACGUUCUGAAAACAGAUGAUUCAAGUGUUUCCUUGCAGAAUUUCUACUUGUGGCUGACUGUUACUUUGUAAUUACCAAAAAGGAAUGAAAAACAUUGCAUAAGAGUUAACUAAACAAAUAAUUAGGAUGAACGUCACGGAAGUGGAGGAUCAUAUUUCCAUGAAAUAUGAAAUAAAGAAAAGACUUGGAAAGGGGGCAUAUGGGAUUGUAUGGAAGGCUGUGGACAGACAGACAGGAGAAGUUGUGGCUGUAAAGAAAAUAUUUGAUGCCUUCAGGAAUAGGACUGAUGCCCAGAGGACAUUCAGAGAAAUCAUGUUUCUUCAGGAGUUUGGAGAUCAUGCCAACAUCGUCAAACUGCUCAAUGUCAUCAGAGCUCAAAAUGACAAAGAUAUUUACCUGGUCUUUGAAUACAUGGACACCGACCUGCACGCGGUGAUAAAGAAAGGCAACCUGCUGAAAGACAUCCACAAACGCUAUGUCAUGCAUCAACUCCUCAAGGCCACCAAAUACCUGCACUCAGGCAAUGUCAUCCACAGAGAUCAGAAGCCCUCCAAUAUUCUACUUGACACGGAUUGCUUUGUGAAACUUUGUGACUUCGGUUUAGCGAGGUCUCUCUGCCAGAUCCAGGAGGAUGCUGGGAACCCGGCGCUGACAGAGUAUGUGGCGACGCGGUGGUACAGAGCUCCUGAGAUCCUGCUGGGUUCCUCAAGAUACACAAAGGGGGUAGACAUGUGGAGUAUAGGUUGUAUCCUAGGAGAGAUGCUACUUGGGCAGCCCCUUUUCCCUGGAACUUCCACCAUCAACCAGAUAGAGAAAAUCAUGAGUGCAAUUCCACACCCUAGCCCAGAGGACGUACUUUCGAUCAGAUCUGAGUAUGGUGCCUCUGUGAUUCAGAGGAUGCUACUGAAGCCCCAGGUGCCUCUAGAGGAUCUUCUGCAGCCGUCGGUGCCCCCAGAUGCCCUAGACCUGGUGCGUCGCCUGCUGGUGUUCAACCCAGACAAGAGGCUGACCGCUGAGCAGGCCCUGCAGCACCUCUAUGUCUCCAGAUUCCACAACCCAGCCAAGGAGCCAGGUCUGGACUCUGAUGUGAUCCUGCCUGUGGAUGAUGAUGUCCAGUUGUCGGUGGUUCAGUACCGUAAUAAACUGUAUGAGAUGAUUCUAGAAAAGAGGACCACAAGGAGAAUGCCACGUCAUGUAAUGCCGAGGAAGAAAGAGGAGCCUGUCUCUAGGUCAGGUUCUGGGUGUGACAGUGGAGACCGUGGGAGGGAAAGGCCCACUGGGAAGGACAAAGGAGGGCUGGAGCCAGUGUCUGGUAAUGGUGGAGGGGACCUUAGGGUUAAAUCCCCUCAUGAUAAGACAGAACACCAGGCUGCUCGUCCAGUUAUCACCAUACCUACACCAGUACCUGUGUCCACCCAGCCGUCCCUGGAGAGGUCCAGCCCUGCAGCUAGCCCCGUCAUGGGAAAGACUACAUAUAAUCCCAUCACACACGUUGCCAAUGGUUUUGUUCGAAAUCUGGCUGGACCACCUCACUAUUUUCGCUCAGGUACUGCCAGCAGGGAACUGGAGGUACAGAUGAGUAAUGAAAAUGUAACUGUGCCGCCAGCAGAGGGCGCUAUUCGCAACACUGUUUCUAUGGAGCAGAUUCUGCAGCGCGGUCGCUCAGCCCCUGUCAGCCGUACCCGUUCCUUCUCCCUGACCCUCUCCCACCCUCAGAACAACCCACUUGUCCGCAGAGACGAUCCCUCUGUUUCCUCAGGGAUGUGUGUCACCUCUGCACACCUGAACCAGCGGUCCCAGUCUCAGUCACGAGAGGCACGGCCCCCUCCUCCCAGGUUCAGUAAGAAGGUUUUCCAGUGUAACGCCAACAUGGCGGCUGCCGGGGAUCCCCGUGCCAAACUAGGCAGCUACUCUCAGGCUUACGGCACCAUCAACAAGACAGAACUGGACAACCUUAUGAGGAGUCGACACCACCAGUAACCACCACACUAUGCUGGAUGUAUGGGACACUGUCCGACAUCAGACGGGGCAAGAGACAAGGUGACAGGGAACAGGGAGAUAUUGGCUACUGGAAAGUUGGGGGAGAAAUAUUAUUCCAAGACAUAAGUUCAGCAGCACAGAUUGAAGUAACCAUGGAGAUGGAAAUCCAUGGAGUAAAGUGGCAAUGAUUUAACACAGUCAAUUUAAACCCAUUUUCUUUAUGAAAUAAUGUCAUGUUGGGAAAUGGGGACUACGGACCCUUAGUUUAAUGUAACUAAAUGUGUUUUACACUGAAAUGCUUUAUACUAGAGGGAACAAGACAUAGCAGUGUAAAUGUAUGUCAAUUGAGUCAGGCAAUACUUUUGUAAUGUUGUGUAUAAGUAAAUAACUAUUUUAGCCAUAAAUUCCUGGCAAGCAAAUUCAAUGUACUUUCAUGCAAAAUGGUGCUUCCAACACAGUAAAAUAAAUGUUGACAGUUGAUGUAUGUAAAACAAACCAAGUGGUUUCAUAUUAAAAAGAUUACCGCAAGUAAUUGUGACUACUUUA